AUGGACGGCGUCAUCGGCACGGUGGCGUUCGGGGACAUCUACGGCACGGAGCAGUUUGCGCACAAGAAGCACUUCCACGACGUGCUGGACGAAGCCAUGAGCGCCAAGGCCGGCUUCUCCGCCGAGGACUACUACCCCAACGCCGCCGGCCGCCUCGUGGACCGCCUCACCGGCGCCGCCGCGCGACGCGAGAGGGUGUUCAGGGACCUCGACGCCUUCUUCGACACCAUCAUCGACCAGCACCUGGUGGACCCGUCCUCCCGCGCCACGACGCCCGGCGGCCACGGCCCCGACCUCAUCGACGUCUUCGUCGACCUCAUGGAGGAGCGCCGCCAACGGCGACAGGUCGACGGCUCUCUCCGCUUCACUAGGGACCACAUCAAAGGGCUGCUCUCGAACGUGUUCACCGCUAGCGUGGACACGAGCUCGGUGACCAUGGUGUGGGCGAUGGCGGAGCUGAUCCGGAGGCCGGCGAUGCUGAGGAAGGCGCAGGAGGAGGUCCGGUCCGUGGUGGACGGCGGCGGCAGGGAGAGGGUGCACCCCGACGACGUGGCGAAGCUCAGGUACCUGAAGGCGGUGGUGAAGGAGACGCUGCGGCUGCACCCGGCGGCGCCGCUGCUGCUGCCGAGGGAGACGCUGCGGCAAGUGAGCAUCUGCGGGUACGACGUGCCGGCCAAGACGCGGGUACUGGUCAACGCGUGGGCCAUCGGCAGGGAUCCCCGCAGCUGGGGGGACAGGCCCGAGGAGUUCGACCCGGGCAGGUUCGACGGGGACGACGGCGUCGUCGACUUCAACGGCACGCACUUCGAGCUCGUCCCCUUCGGCGCUGGCCGCCGGAUGUGCCCCGGCAUGGCCAUGGGCGUGGCCACCGUGGAGUUCACGCUGGCCAACCUUCUCUACUGCUUCGACUGGGAGCUCCCGGAGGGGGUGCGGGUGGAGGACGUGUGA